AUGGUGGUGGCGCUGGUGGUGGCCACCACCUGCCUGCUGGGGAUGCUCCACCACGAUGGACCGGAGCACUCGUGCGCCUUCGCCGCCACAGACUCCUGCCCGACCUUUGCCAGCAUCACUAGUCGAAGCCUGCGGGUCACUUGGCGGCCUCCCUCCAGGGCCUCCCUUGUGCGCCGCUACGAACUCUACACGGCCGAGACCUAUGCCAGCGCGGGCGAGGGCGGCUCGAGCCCGCCCACCAAAGUCUACAGCGGGCUCAAGCGGUCCGUGGAGCUGAAGGAUCUGUCGCCCUCCACCAGCUACAACUUCACUGUGAAGAUCAUCGGCCACCAGGACUCGAUCCGGUCUUCGUGCUGGCGCUUCACCAGGACGCUGGGCGAGGAGCACGGCAACCUCCUGGCCAACCCGUCGUUCGAGGAGAUGGGAGGGCCGCUCACACCGCAGAUGGACUACGGCGACCAGCCGUUCGCGGCCUACUGGGAGCCGCUCAUGAUGCCCUACUCACUCAAGCUGCUGCCCAAGAGAGGGCGGACCUGGUACACACACAGCAACGACGCCCCAAACAAGCGAGCAGCCCAUCAGUGGCCGACCAAGAUGUUGCUGUCCGGUUGGAGCAAGGCGAGCGAGGUGAGUGGCGAGCCUGAUGACGGCUACAGCGUGUACAUGGACCUCAAGUUUGUGGACGGCACAUUUGCCUACGGGAUAAGCUUGAACUUUGAUACCGGCACACAUGACUGGCAGAGACGGUGUGCGAUAGUCUACCUGGACAAGCCCCUGUGGAGCGCCUCGGUGGCAGGUGCGCCAGUGGAGAGCAUGGAGCCGGAGUGCCGCAAGCUGCACAACGUGCCGUCGAUCUCCUUGGGCUGCUGUCCGACACGAGAAAGCAUCCUGGCCACCGACACUCCGGAGUCCGACGACGUUGCGAUCGCGUCGCAGAUGACGAUCGACCGAUUACCGGUGCUCGAGAGCAUGGCCGAGAGCUGGGCGGGUCCCAUAUCGGCCGUCAUCCUGCUGUCGAAUCCCGAGGCCGAGCUCAAACAGAUCCACAGCCUUCGCAAUCGGUCCGCGGUCAUCCGCAAGAACGUCGACUUCCAUCUCGUGCACGGCGAAGAGAACGUCUAUGCACUCCACACUUUGGGCCUGUACCCGGUCAACUCCCUGCGCAACGAAGCCGUGGUAAAGAGUCGAACGGCGCACGUAAUGGUGUUGGACAUCGACUUCAUUCCCAGCCGAGACGCGCGGGAGAACAUCCUGCGGUUGUGGGACCAGCUGCACGAGCCCCAAACGGUGUUUGUGGUGGCUUCGUUCGAGAUGGACGACUUCAACAUGCGAGACGUGCCGCACACCAAGGACCAGUUGCUGCGGAUGGUGGCGCAGGACCGCAUAAGGCAGGUGCACAAGGACAAGUGGUUCCCGGCGCACGGACCCACAGACUACGAGCACUGGUACAGCACCCGCGAGCUCUACCAGGUGCCCUACCAGCGCGACUACGAGCCCUACUACAUCGUACGCAAGGACGUGCCGCUGUGGGAUGAACGGUUCGUGGGCUACGGCUUUGACAAGGUGUCGCACAGCACGGAGUUGAACGCCGCGGGCUACUCGUUCUUCGUGAUGCCGGACACGUUCAUCAUCCACGCCGAACACGGCGUUCCCGGAUGGCGAGGCAAGGGCGAUUUUGUGCGGGUGCGGGUGUGGUUCAACUACUACUCCUUCUUGGGCGAGAUGAUGCUGCGACACAGCACGGAGGUCCAGCCUCACUCGCACUUUUACGAAGGGUGGCUGAUGAAGACGUUCGACCUAGGCCGGGACUGGGCCGAGGAGGAAGGGUCCGUGGUGAUGGCAGGUCCGGUGUACGCCACGGGGCUCAUGGCCAGCCUGGUACUCUUCGCCUACGCCGUCACCCGACAGGGCGGUCUUUGUGACAACUAA